GCUCUGAUGGCAAAAGCAAACCACUGUGCUGAGGGCUGGAAGUUCUACAGUGGGAAGUGUUACUACUUCUCUACUUAUAAGAAGACCUGGACUGCCAGUCGUGAUGCUUGUGUUGCUGAGGGUGCAGAUUUGGUGAUUAUCACCAGUACAGAGGAGCAGAUAUGAUGAACUCCAAGUGAUUUCUUAAAAAGUCAAUGCCUGGGCAUUGAGCACUACUGGAUCGGACUGACUGAUGCUGUAAAGGAGGGAGUCUGGCGCUGGUUAGACGGCACAAACUCAGUGAGACGCCGUGGUACUGGACUGGUAAUGAGCCUGACAACUGGAAAGGGUAUCUUAACAUGUAUCCUGAAGGAGAAGACUGUGCUGUAAUGCAGCUUGGAUCUAACACAUCGGUUACAACAUGCUUUCUGUGAUAUAUUUGCAUAUGUUGCUAGCUACGUCUGUGAGGCAAAAGCAGGAAUGUAAAUUUAAUGAGGGGCAAAAAUGGGAAGUGUCAAGAACUGAAAAUUCAUAACAAAUCAAACUCUCCCCUUUUGUUAUGGCCCAAAAUCUCAAGAGAAUGCUUUCAACACCUUGUAAAAUCCAUUCCAGAACGAACUAAGGAUGUUCUGACAACAAAUGGGCAUCCUACCUAGUAUUAGGUAUUCGUAAUACACUUCCUAAAUAAGUGUAUGUAUAACCCUGUGUUUUUUUAUUAUUUAUUUUUAAACAUCAAUAUAAUGCAUAAGCCUUCCAAUGAACCAGGAUGUUUCAGACAGCUCCUUCAUUAGCUGUGCAAAGUGCUCCUACAGAACACUGGAGUUACUCUUUGGGAUCUUUCUUUCUGUGCCUAUUACUUUAUGGAGGGAUUAAGGUUUAUGUGUGGGGCUCGACCACUGGUUGUUUCAUUAUUUAGCAUGAGUUCUGGUGUUGCACAGUUUAUUCAGGCCUCGUCUGAGGAUGUGCUAUAUAGAUUUUCUAAAGAGCAGAUUUUGGAAUGGUGUUAAUAAUUUACACUAUUUGGUUGGUUUACACCAUGUGGAAAUUAUUCAUUGUUACUAUGUCUAUUUAGUUUACAGUUUAAUGUUAUUUGCAUUUAGUGUAGCAUCUGCCAAAAUAAAAGAAUAUAAACUGCGUAGACUACUUCAAGCACUUUUUAGAUGGUCACUUGAUCGCGGAAAUGCCGCUGUUGUUUCCGUUUCCUGUAGCGUUCUCGUUUGUGAAGUUUGCCCUAAGACUGGGAUUGUAGUUUGUUCAACAUAAUGUACUGUGUGUAUUACAGAGUAGGACAUGUUUCUGGGUUGGGCUAUAUAAGGUAUCUGAUCAGUUUGGUUGUUUAGGUGAGUGAAGGUUGCUUUACCAGUUAAUGUCCGGAAAUGUGUGGGGUGUGUUUUUUUUUUGUUUUGUUUGUUUUUUAACUGUUGGUAUAAUGUAAGAAUGUAACGUCAAAGAUUUGAAUGAUAAUAUAUGACAUGGCAAGUACACAGCAGUCGGCAGUGGAUUAUAUCAGAAACGGCAGAGUCGUUCUCAUAAACGGACUUCGGAAUUUGAUCUUAAUACUGCAAACAUUGAAACAGCGCACACUUUUAUCAGACUCUGAGAAAGACUUCAUUUUGGACGAGGACGUUACCAGGCUUGAUCAGAUCGGACGGUUGUUGGAUUUAGUGACUAGCAAAGGCGAAGAUGCCUGUUACGAGCUACUGCGAAUUUUGGACGACACGAGGUUCCAAACCUUUCCUAUGCCGGGUGUACAACAGCCGGAUCUCCAUCACUGGAUCAGCUGCUUUCCUUUCACAAAUGACCCAAAUGUCCAAAGUGACGACAAUGCAGGCUCAGGGCCAUGUUCAAAAUAUCAGAAACAACUUAAAAUGAAAGCAGCGCAAAUUCUUCAUGAAAAGUGGAAGCAAAGCAUGAAUGUUCUUAAACACAAGGCGAAAGAGAAAAGUUUCAAGUAUAUACCACUAGUUUUGGACACAGAUGUGAGUGUGAUACCUCACACUAAAAUCAAGGCUUACAAGAAAACCAGGACUAAAAAGCUGAAGACAUACAUCCCUACAGACAAGAGAAGACUCUCACCUUAUGAUUUACUUUUAAGCAAUGAGAAGAAAAUUCUCCUUAUUGGAAAGCCAGGCAUUGGAAAAACAACAGUUGUUCAGGAGAUACUGAGGCUUUGGGCAAAUGGAGAAGACAGUCAAGUGAGCUAUAUGUUUUAUUUUGAUGAACCAUUUAUUCGGUUUUUAUCACAGUCUGCCUGCAGUGAAUCUUUAAGCUGCCUCCUUUUUAACAAGUAUCUUAAACCCAGUGAGGGUAGUCAUAUAGUAUGGAAAGAUCUAGAAGAAAAUUCUGAAAAUGUUGUAAUAAUUUUUGAUGGCAUCAUGGACUUUGUUGCUGGGUCUGUAAUUGAGAAAAUCAUGGAGAAAGAAAUCUUAAAUGAUGCAAAGAUUUUGAUCACUUGCAGACCAGAAGCAGAUAGUGCAGGUGAUCUGUCAGACUGGACCUCUUUCAAAGUUGAGGUUCAAGGCUUCAGUGAAAACUCUAUUAAGGCCUACUUUCAGUGGAUGCUUGGGACAAAUGAUGAACAGAUGACCAGUGUCAGUGCAGCUAACAAUCUGCAGCUGUUCAGUCUGUGUCAUGUCCCUAUGUAUGCUUUCAUUAUAUCUGCCUGCAUUUUAUUCAGCCCAUCAGAAGCAGAUAAUCGGCCCUGUACAAUCACUGAAAUGUAUGUGCGAAUCUUUCUCCAUUGCAUUGCCCUGCAUAUGGAUAGAAACAUGGACAAUCUGGAUCAAUACAUACAAGAGAGAAAGGAAAAUAUAAUGUUUUUAGCAUCACAGUCCUAUCAGGCACUUCUCUUCAAAACAGUCAACUUGGCAGAAAUUAGUAAAACAGACAUAGUGCAGCAUGAUUUUUUGACACAAGUGACACUGGAAGGGGAAGGGACAUCAACAUCCUCCCAGACAGCUUUUGUGUUUCUACACAACACGAUGCAAGAAUUUUGGGCAGCGCUCUUCCUGCUCAUGACUCCGCAUAAGAUUGGGCAUUUGCUCCAGCAAAGUCAGACAGAAGAAGGGAAAUACCUCAAGUAUGUCGUCAUCUUCCUUUGUGGACUCUUGUCUGAGAAAACUGCAGCCUUUUUGAAAAGCCUGGUCACAAUCGACGAGAUAAAGGCCAUCUCUACCAAAUACUUUGAUGAUAUCAUGAAUGCAUUCCUCUAUUCAAUAGAAGAUGAUGAUGAUGAUGAUGAUGAUGAUGAUACAUAUGUAGAGGCUGAAAAUGUCCUCUAUGUAUGUCAGUGCCUUUAUGAAUAUCGGAAACCUGAGGCAUGUUUGCGCUUCCUGCAAAAAGUGGAAAAUAUGCUAGAUCUGAAUGACCAACCUCUGGAUCCACAUCAGUGCUGUGCUGUGUCCUAUGUAGUAAGCCAAUCCAGUAGCCAGACAGUCCAACUUAAUUUGAUGAACUGCAGCAUCUUAAAUUCUGGGAUAAAGCUGAUCCUCAGUUCUUUGACAAAUCUGAAGAGUCUCAGGUUGUCUUCCUCUUCAAUGCAAUGCCAGAUAUGGAUGAUGGCACUUCAAGAAUCAAAGACAGAUUUUGAGAGCUUGCUGAGAUUAUUUGGCUUUGAAAUGCAUCUUUCAGCACAAAACCAAAGUGACAGUAAUACAUUUCACAAUGCUUGCAUUGUGUUGAAUGGGAAGAGACAAAACAAAGUCAAAUUAUGCCUGCAUUUGAAUACACAGAAAAAGAUAGCAAACUCCCUGCUAAAAAACAUUUUUGGAAGUUUGCACAACAUUGCAGACAUCAGGAUCAUUUCUCCUGAUUAUCCAAGAAGAACUUCUGAUACAUGGAAUUCUGAAGUUGAUUCCUUUCAUCUAGAUCUCUUCUUGCAAGGAGCUCUACAUGAUAAGGAAACAGGGCAAAUGUGUGUGCGACAUCUGCUGUCAGUGAACAGGCAUUUAUGCUCGCGUUCUCCUCCUGACCAAAGCAAUUUUAUAUGUACACUUUACCUUCAUGCCAAACAGAUGGGAGUUUUGGCAGAGUUGCAGCCAGUGUUCCAAGCAUGGCCUUCUUAUUGGGUUCUGGACCUCUCAAAAAGGAAUACUUCAUACCUUGUAGAAUUACUAAAAUUGCAAAAAGUAAAAAAAAUCGUUGAACUUUGGCUGUCAAAAGAAGAGUGUGAAAUAAGGGUUUUUCUCCAGUGUCUACCUUAUGUAUCUCAACUGAGGUUCAAUGACUAUAUUCACAUUCAGGAAGAUGAUACAAAGGCAGCAGUGAAGCUCCUUGUAGAUCUUUUCAUUUGUGCAUCAGAAAGUGGAGAUGAUCAAACCCUGAAAAUGCUGUCUGCAGUUUGCUCCUACUCAAGCUUCCCAUUCACUGCUAACAUGGAAGAAAUCCAGAGUGUCUUCUUGUGGGAUUUGUUCUCCUACAUAAGGGACUAUGAAUCUAAGAAUGAAGGGAAAAGUGUCCUUCCUACACUUCUUCCAGUAUUUCAGUCAGUUCCUGCUGUGUGGAUAGUGGAUCUUUCAAAAGAAACUCCUGUUAUUCUCCAUGUAUUAAAACAUCAGGUGGUGAAGAAACCUAUUGAACUCAGUCAUUGGUCAGAUGAGGCUGAUAAAGUAGAUGCCCUCCUUCAGUGCUUGCCCCAUGUGUCACAGCUCAGCCUCAGGUACUCUGCCAAUGAUCACAGUUUUGCCAGAGGUGAAGCUGUUCGUUUCAUUAUGAGACUUUUCCUUUAUGCGUCAGAGAGUGGAGAUCAUGGGACCCUGAAAAUGCUCUCUUCAGUUUGUUCCUACUCGACCUUCCCCUUUGCUGUUGACAUGGGGGAGAUUCAGAGUGUUUUCUUGUUGGACUUGUAUUCUUGUGUGAUGGAGUAUGAGUCUCAAACAGAAAAAAGUGUCCUACCAGCAUUGCUGCCCAUUUAUCAGACUGCUCCUGCUGUGUGGGUACUAGACCUCUCAAAAGGAGUGACGUCUUUGCUGCAUCAGACCAUGCAGCUCCAAAAAGUAAAGAAACCAAUAGACCUCUUGGUUUCUUCAGACCGAAGAGACCUCGUUGAUUUUCUGCAGUGUCUGCCAUGUGUGGCCCAACUCAGAUUAGAACAACUGUUGGAUGGAAAAGAUUCUGACACAGAAGUUGCUGUUGAUGUCAUUUUGGAACUGUUCCUUUGUGCAUUGGAGAAAGGAGAGGCCACGUUAAGAAUGCUCGCUUCAGUUUGCUGCUACUCAACCUUUCCCUUUGCUGAUGAUGCAGGGGAGAUUCAGAGUGUCUUCUUGUUGGACUUACACUCCAAAAUGAGAGAGAUUGAUUCUCAAACAGGAAAAAGUGUCCUGCCUGCAUUGCUGCCCAUUUAUCAGACUGCUCCUGCUGUGUGGGUACUAGACCUCUCAAAAGGAGUGACGUCUUUGCUGCAUCAGACCAUGCAGCUCCAAGCAGUGAAGAGACCAGUGGAGCUAAGAGGCUGGUCUCAUAACAAGAUGUCCUUGAAGUUCUUUCUUCAGUGUCUACCUUUUGUGUCACAACUCAGAUUUAAUGACUUGAGCCUCGUCUUGAAAAAUGACAUAAACGGAGCAGUGAAAAUCCUAGUGGAACUUUUGAUUUUGGCAUCAGAAGGUGGAGAUGAAAUCCUGAAAAUGUUUUUGGGGGUGUGCUCAUACUCGACCUUCCCCUUUGCUGAUGAUACUGGGGAGAUUCAGAGUGUUUUCUUGUUGGACUUGUAUUCUUGUGUGAUGGAGUAUGAGUCUCAAACAGGAAAAAGUGUCCUACCUGCAUUGCUGCCCAUUUAUCAGACUGCUCCUGCUGUGUGGGUACUAGACCUCUCAAAAGGAGUGACGUCUUUGCUGCAUCAGACCAUGCAACUCCAAGCAGUGAAGAGACCAGUGGAGCUAAGAGGCUGGUCAGCUGAUGAGAGUGAGUUGAGGAACAUUCUGGAAUGUGCGCCUCAUGUGUUGCAGCUCAAUUGCAGUGAGCAUUUUUUUCAGACUUUAUGUGAGGUCCUUUCUGCUAGCCAGGACUGGAACCCUGAGAAGGUUGCAGGGCUUCUAAAAACACUGAACUUCUCUGUAACAUUAAUGGAAAUGUUACCCAAGCGCAUUUGCCAGGCAGUGGGUUUGGUGCUCGGCUGGACAAGUCUAGAAAAAAGCCUCUCUGUCACUCUAAUUCCACAAAGUGUCUCAUGCCAAGGAAUCUGUGUUCUAUUUUCAAAGUUGACCAGGCUUCAGAAAUUAAGGAUGAAUGAAUAUGCAGCACUGAAGGUUUCAAAGAUGGUAAGUCUGAGGAGUCAAAGAUCAGUUACUAUUGAAGAGCUUUCCCUGGUGUCCAACAAUCCAUAUCCAAGUGGAAGGAGGAUGUGUAAGAUGAUCCACAGUUUGGCGUCAAUCUUGAGAAUUUGGACUGUAAGAUGCUUGGAUCUUACUGAAAGCCAUCUGGAAGGUCAUUUCCUUAUCUUGCUGUUGUGUUUGGAUAGACCCUUCUCUAUCAGAAUGUCUGAUGAAAAUGUGCACCAGCUAGCUGAGAUUGUUUAUGAAGCCCAGGAUGACAUCCUUACUCAGUCCUUUUUAGAAAAGGUUAGUGGAGACCUGAGCUCUUCCAGCUUCCCAUGGAACAUACUACACUAUCUGCUUCAGAAGUCCAAAAUACCUUUGACAGUGGACCCUCAGAAGAAUAGAUUUGCCACUAUAAACAUUCAGCAUCUUCUCCCAUUGCUGCACAGGAUUCAUUUCAAUGGAACCGACUCCCAGUUUGUGAGGAAUGCUCUAAAGGAGAUAUUUGCAAGUCGUGCUGGCCACCUGGUGACAAGUUUAGUGAGAACAUCAGACAACUGGAUUAAUCUAAAUAAGCAAGAAUUGGACAGUCAUGACUGUACAGCUCUGCGCUUUGCCCUCCAUUACAGUGAUGAUGUCAGGCUUAACCUCUCAGAAACAGCUAUUCCAAAGGAAGAAACUGAAAGUAUCCUUAUACUUAUGCACAGAGUGUCUAACCUCAGAGUCGACAGGCAUUUGCUGGUGGACCUUCUUCAUGCCUGUUUUGUUUCACGGGAGCAGAGGAGGGUUACCACGAGUCUCAUGAUGGCAAUACAAAACAAACUGGAUUUCUCCUACCCCUCCACAGUCAGUCAGCUUGAAGAAAGCAACAGGGAACCAAUGGUUCUCAGUGUUACAGACUGCAAGUCGAUCUCAUCUGCCAUUCAGUUAUCAGCCUGUGCAGACUUGAUUAUGUUUGAUUGUCAGGCUGAUGACUGUGCACUGGAACAACUGUUUCCUGCUCUAAGUCACAUGCGUCUCAGACUUGGCAAGCCUCAGCUUCUUCAGCUCAUUUUGCUGAUUCAGUGUGUUGGGGAAAGAGAUUCUUGGAACAGAGCCAAAGCUCUCUCCAUAGCCCUUGGAAAAGAAGUAGACCUCAGUCACACCCCUCUGGACUAUCUUUCCUGUAAAUCACUGGGGUUGGUCCUGGAGAAUUCUGAGGAUCUUACUCAUCUCAACCUCAGCCACUGCCAACUCACUGAUGACUGUCUCGACUUGUUGCUCCCACAUCUUCACAAAGUGCAGCUCCUUGAUCUAAGCAACAAUAACAUUACUGAUUAUGGAGCACUGAGCCUACAGAAAAUUCUAACUAAGACACAGACUAUACACAUUUUCAAUAACUUGAAUACAGACAUGAGGCUUUUCAUUAAGAACCUGCACUAUCAAGAAACACAACAUAACUCACCCACAUAUGUGCAGUCAGAGAAAGAAGAUUUUUCAAAGUGUCCAUUUACAAAUGAUUCUGAGUCUGUAUUUGUGAUGAAAGCACUAUCUGAGAUCUUCACUAAGAGAAUAACUACAGUAGCCAAGUUUGACCCUGAGAUAUAUGUUCAUGAUGACCACAUAGUCUACAGAUUUGAGUGUGAAAUGGGUGGUGAGUUCCAAUGCAGAGCAACUGAGCUGAUAUUUGGCAUGAAGGGAAGAGGAUGUGUUGAGUACAGAGUGGUCAACUGGGACAUGCAUUAUUUUUCCAAACACAUCUAUAAACCGGAUGGACCACUUUAUGACAUACAAACUCUUGUAGGAGAAAUGUACCUACUUCACCUCCCACACUGUGAAACAGAAGCUGAUGGUUUGGAAGACGUUUUUGUGGCUCAUAUACAUGAAGGCAGCAUGCAGAUCCUGACCCCAGUGAAGAUGACAUGCACUCAUGUGACUGUACGCAUUAGUGGUCUCUCUUCUUAUGGGAAAGUUCGCAGAAAAGGAUCUAUGACUCGUUAUGUCCGAGGCCAAGUUCUGCUUUUCCUUGAUCAGAUCAGUAAAAAUGAACAGAGAAUCUGGGUGUUUCUGCUGUCCAAACAUGUUUCACCUAUUGAGGUAAAGAAACAGCAAAAGGAGUAUACACCCAUCAACACAACUUCUUACUGCAUUCUAAGACAAAAGGGGAAGUAUUGCUUGACUUCUAAUCUCCAAAAUUGCAAGGUUCAGCCCAAGACAUACACUUUCCAUGAUGCUGGUGAUGCAGACUACCACCACUCAGCAUUCGAGAUGUUCAUUGGCAGUGAAGUGUCUGAACUCCAAAUGAAGGUUCAAGAGAAAGGGAACAAGUUAAGAGCCAGAUGGACUCGCCGAGUGAUUCUCAAUAAUUAUGCAAACAAAAUCAAAACCGAAGAGGGAGCAAAUACGAAAGAAAAUGUUCUCCUAACAGAAAAAACAUGGAAGUUAUCUUUGUGUAAUUUGUUGGAGGAGCUCUCUGAAGACAAUGUGAAGAAGCUGAGGCAUUUAAUGAGGAAUACUACAGACCCUGAUUCCAUACCAACAGGUAAACUCGAAAAAAAGGAUACGCAGGACCUUGUAGAUCUUAUAGUACAGACCUGGGGUUUCAAAAGGUCUGUCUAUCUCACCAAAAAGUUUAUGAACAAGUUGCCACGCAAUGAUUAUGCUGUGACAUCCAUACUGAACCCUUAUUUGAGACAGUUUGGGAUGUUACUUUUUGAUGAGUAACAUGAGUUACUUGAUUAAAAUGGAUGUUUUCAGAAUUUGAAUUUCAGGAGAAAUCCAUGUCUCAGGUAUACAUCUAAUGUAAACUACUGUAAUUAAAAAUAUUUAUUUUGUAUGUAGAAUGUACAUUUAUAUCUGGAAUAUGUCAUCUAUUACUAUCUAUCUGUUAUAGGUUAUUGUUAUACUUGAACCACAUUCGGUGGCCUUUUAUGUGUAUACAUGUUAUAUUGCCAUAUUGCACAAGCUCUAUUGCUGAUCACAUGGCUUAAAACAAAUUGACAACUUUCUGUAAAUAUACAAUGUAUAACCUUAACUUUUUCAUACUAUAAAAGCUUGCAAUUAUUUUAUCAUUGCUGUUUUACUGAAUUAUUUUGGUUGUAAUCAUAAAACUGACAGUAAAUAAACUCAAUUGUAUGUCUA